UAUACUGAUCACAACGCGUUCAGCAGCCGUCCCACCAAGACACUGAGAUUUGUCGAAGCAGCCGAAAACACGGUCAAAACGUGACCAGGAGUCAGCGGAGCGACACAACUUUACUCUAGACUGAACACAACAAGGUUUUGUCUUCACUUUUUACAGCUUUUCCCUUCAACUGUGUUCAUUUGGAAGCUGAGAUGAGGAAUCUGUGGUUGUUGUUCUUCGUCGGACUGUCGACUGGGAUCAUCAGUGAAAAACUCUUUGUCUCCUCCCAGUCGCCCAUUUCCACAGCAGAUGAUUUGUACAUAGAGGGACAAAUGUCAGGUGAAGUGCCCGUAGAUGAUGAAGAUGGGGAAGAUGUUGGCUCAGGCUCCGGAUCCGGAGACGAUGUUUUUGGUGACCUCAUGGAACAAGAGAAGCUACUCAAGAAGUUCCUCAACCUCUCCAGGACCACAGUCUCAAAAGAAAUGGUUCCAGUUCAACCACAGCCAACAGCAGGCUCUCCUCUCAACCCACUAACCACAGCAGCAGUCAGCCAGGAUCGCCCUACCACAGUGGAGGUGACCAAAACAACACCAGACAAGAUCCUUGGUGGGGACAGCGAUGAGAAGGUGGCUCGUGUUGGCCCAACAGCUGAUUGGUUCACACAGAACACCAGUCCCAGCUCCACCAGCAGGCCUCCCAGUGACACUACAUCAGCCAAAUUCAGCAUCGACAUCAGUGUGAGCAAUGGUACUGCUGAGGACAACAGUCUGGAUAGUUUGGACAUCUCAACAACCAAAGGCCGCAGUAAUGAGGUCCAGAUCAGAGAGAAUGACAAUGAAAUUGUGGUGAAAGAGGGCAGAGGCAGCAGGAUAUAUGAGAUGGACUCUCCAGAGGAGGUGACCUCUGAGAACUUGUGGGAGAGGACUGAAGUUCUGGCAGCUGUGAUUGCAUGUGGAGUGGUUGGAUUCCUCUGCGCUGUUUUCCUCCUCCUCCUCCUUGGCUACCGCAUGAAGAAGAAGGACGAAGGUAGCUAUGAACUGGGAGACACCAAACUUUCCUCAACGACCUAUCACAAAGCACCUACAAAGGAGUUCUAUGCCUGAAAAAACCAAUAAGGGACCACAUGGAAUCUGUCUCCUCCCAAUCUGGACUAAGAUUGGAUCUAAAAACAAGUGAAGACGAUUCCUCUUCAUGAAGUUUGAAGUCAAGCACGACUGUUCUUCUGCGAUACCCCUUCCUUUUUUAUUUUUUUUCCAACCUUUCUCCUGCUCCUCCCUUUCUUUUAUUCAAUGACCACUGUUUGUGAAGCAGAGGUCAUAAGUGGUAAAUAAGUCUAUUGAAAACAUUCUCGCCUUUCCGCUGUGAGGAAGGAGUUCAACUUUAAAUAAAUAUUUACAUUCAAUGAAAUAAAUCUUUUCGCAAUUGAUAACAAAUGUUCUAGUCUUUAAAACAAUUCAUCUUAGAAUAUUGCUAACAUUGUGCCUUUCCUUUACUUCUCAAAGCUGAACCACACUGUGCUGGACUUUGUUCUGUUUAGCAGACAAAUUGAUUGUCCCAUUUAGCAGAGCUGUAGCCUGAACAUUUGCAGUUCAGCUCAACAGUGUAGUUGAAGUUCACACAAAUAUAUUAAUAGCCUUAAUGCAUUUGAAUAGAAAUGGUACCAAAUAUGGGAUUAGUGUUACAAAGAGCCUUCAAAUCUUUUUUUUUCAAAUGGUUGGAGGUCAAAUUGUCUCUCUUUAAUAACUUGUUACAUUUCAUUUUAUGAAUGCUUUUUUUUCUAAAUUGAAGUUUAUUUUAUUUUUUGUUUUACCAUCAACGAAUAUGUGUUUUUUUUCAUAUGUUGACCAGUAUUGAUAUGAGAGACCUUAUUACUCUGCAGGUACAUCUUUUCAUUGUUUUCUCAAAGAUAUUUGACCAAAUAUAAAUGUGCUUUAUUUGUCUUUUUGAAAGUUAUUUUUAGUAGCUUUUUCAAUAUGUUGUGACUUUAAAGAGAUUAUGUUUCCGUAAGCCAUUAAAAAGAGAUUCUAGGCUUUUAGUUUUAUUCAUACAGCGUUAGAUAAAAGUCCCUAGCUUGUGUCUGUCUAGCAUGCAUCAUAUUUUAUGGGACAGGGAUGCUAAGGUAGAGCCAAAGCUAAUAACUAUAAUUCAGAAAACCAUAGAAGAAACCAACAUUUUCUGAUGACUGCCAAAGCACAUUCCUGUCUCACUGUCAACUGUAUAUAGCUUGAGCGGCUGGUUUGCAUUUAAAGGGACAGUGGCAGUAUGUAGUGUUUCUUCCAGUAUGUAGAAUCAGGGCUUGUUUACACAGCAGGGCUGGAGAGUUACAAAUGCAGUCAAUUAUAUAUAACUGUCUUAACUCUCAAGUUUAAUAAGCAAUGUUACCGUCUGGAUAAUCCCAAUCAGUAAUUUAUUUACUACUCACUCUUUUUUUUUUUUUAAUUUGUUGCAAUGCUACUCUGAGUGCAAGCAUGUCAGGUUCUAAAUGUGUUUUCUCAGUAUUUACUUUAACUGGCCAAUCAUGGGAGAAGGGCCUUUUGUAGAGUUUGAGUGAGGACAAAGAAGGCAGUUAACAGGAAAAGAAGAUGUAGAUGAAUCCUUUAAGUCUGAACUACCUACUGCACAUUAUGUGUCAGAACAAAGAACAAAUCGUUAAACAUCGGCCACAAAUUGGAUUGGGAGAAUGUUGCCUUGAGGCUGCGCUUUUAGUGGCCUUUCAAUUUCAUGAAGCGGUCACUUUUGUUUGAUUUUUUUUUUUCACAAAUCAGCUUUGUGGUCAAGAUGGCAGGUAUCAGUGUCAUGAAUAGAGGUGGAGGGGCUGAGUGGUUGAACUGUGAGUAAAUCUGACCACAUUCUCAUUACAACAUCAUUUGUCUAAGAUGUGUUUUUCCCUGUUGCUCAGACUAUGCUGAUAAAUGCAUUUUGUAACAGAAUUAUUAUUUUAGAUCAUCAUUGUCCCAAUCUGUUGCAAAAUGUGCAGCAUUUUUUUUUUCUGUCUAUAACAGUUUAAUCCUCUUCAUGAGGAAAGUUGGUGUGUGAUGCUACAUUUAUAUAUUCUCUCUGAUUUGAGGCUCCUCAAUAGACUUCGCAAGGAGUUUUUGCGAUGAUCGAAAAUCCUUUCUAUAAUAAAAUUUUAAGUGUAUGCAAACUACCUAUUCUCUAUAACUGAAAUAAACAGGAAGAUCGUAGCACUAAUCCACUGUGACUUACUGUUGAUAACGUGACAUUUUGGGGGCUCUUGAAUGCCUCCAAAAAACUAUGUAUUCAUCAAUUUACAGUGCUCUUGCAGCAUUGGUGUCAUGCUUAAAUAGUUCAGGGCAUGACUCCAUUGUAAAACUCUAACAUUUUUUUUUACCACACCAACAGAAAUAUCAUGAGAUAUAUGACAAAUGAUUUCAAAAGAGGGUUAAGACAACUGGUUAGCAAUUGCUGCCAAUCCAGGGGAUGACACAACAUGAGAUAACCUUUUCUCUUCUAGUUUACACUAUAUGCUGAUGAUACUAUAAUUUAUAUGCAUUAAUUUAUACUCGCUCAGAAGAAAAUCCAGGUUAUCAAAUCGGUUAUACAUAGAGAUUGUACAGUAUUGACACAUGGUUGAAGCAUAUUUGUUACAGCUUGUUAUGUUUUUAGUAUUUAUGGUUUCAGAUUAUUUGACGGGCAUGGUUCAAUUCAUUUUUAAUUUUAUUGUCAGUUGUCUUCAUUCUUUUUUUUUUUACUUUUCAUAUAAAUACAUUUAAAUAGUAAGAAUGUUUCUUGUUAAUAUAACUCAGCUUUAAUUUUCAUUUAUUAAGAAGUUGACUAUGAAUUGACUGAAGCCUUGUUUUAACAAAUACACACCUACGCAAUGGUGGGGACCAACCAAAAAGCAACUUAAGGGAGAAACGGUGACAUAGGCACCAAAGGUGGCCAAAACAUAACUGUGUCGCUUAAAUGGUGUGUCUUAUGAAGUGCACUACUGAAUAAAAGGUGGCUUUGAUGCAUUUCUAAAA